AUGGUCAUCAGAUCCUUGACAAAGGUGUCAAAAAUCCUAGCCUUUCUGACUGGACUCGGCACUGUAGGGAAUAUUUUUGUCUUUGUAAAUCAUAUACUCAUGUUUGAGGGCACUGAGAAGAAAGCUGUGCAUCUUUUUCUCAUCCACUUGGCUUUCACAAAUAUUAUCAUGCUUCUGUUCAAAGGAAUGCCACAGACAAUAGCAGCAUUUGGUGUGAGAAACUUCCUAGAAGACACGGGCUGUAAGAUUGUGGUUUAUAUGGAAAGGGUGGCCCGGGGCCUGUCCAUCUGCACCAGUGCUCUCCUCACAGUGGUCCAGGCUGUCACCAUCAGCCCCAGACACUCUGUGUGGAAGAAGCUAAAGCCUAGGUCUGCAUGGUUAAUUCUUCCUUCAUUUUUCUUCCUGUGGAUAUACAAUUUUUUGAUGAAUAUCAACUUACUCCUUUACAUGACAGGUACUAAUGUGAACACAUCACAAAUUAGCACGAGUGACUACUAUUGUUAUUUUCAACCAGAAAGUCAGCAGAUAAGAUGGGUUAUUCUCAGUAUCAUGGUCUUUCAGGAUGCUAUGUUUCAGGGUAUCACAUGUGGAGCCAGUGGCUACAUGGUUUUUGUUCUCCACAAGCAUCACCAACGUGUUCUCCACCUGCAGAGCUCCAAGUUCCUAUACAAAUCUUCCCCUGAGAGCAAAGCUGCUCAAAGCAUUCUCCUCCUGAUGCUUUGUUUCCUCUUCUUUUAUUGGGCAGAUUGUAUUUCUUGUCUACUUUUUAAUUCCUUCUUGAAGAAUAAUGUUGUACUAAAUAUUCGAGAAUUUCUCGCCCUUGGUUAUGCAACUCUCAGCCCAUUUGUGCUGAUUCACAGAGAUGGACACAUGUCUGAAUGUUGGUGCAUGCACUAG